CAGAGAUUGGAAUUCGAGCGACUCAAAGUCACAGCGCUGAACCGUUCACACACCGUCGCUCCCAUAAUCUUGCAACAGCCUCCAAAACCACUGCAGAAAAAAUCAAAGCAAUGACGGUCUCCUCCCAUUUCAACGUAGCGGUCAUCGGUCCUGGCCUGGUCGGGUCGGAGUUCAUAGCUCAAAUCACCAGCUGCAAAAAGCCCAUUUUUAAGGUUAUAGGACUCGCCAACAGCAGGCGUAUGCUUCUCUGCCCCUCAGGCUUAUCAGCAGGUUCCUGGAAGAAAGAGUUGGAGUCGUCGUCCACUCAGGCCGACUUGCCCAAACUCAUCGAGUAUGCUGCUUCGCAUAAGCCGUGCGUGGUGGUCGACUGCACGAGCUCGGAUGCCGUGGCUGAGCAGUACCCGGAGUGGAUGCAAAAGGGGCUCCAUAUCGUCACGCCGAAUAAGAAGGGUUUCAGCGGUGACUAUGCGUUAUGGAAGAAGAUUAGGGAUGCGCAUUCGCCGAGGUCGCUUGUGUAUCAUGAGAGUACCGUUGGUGCAGGACUGCCCAUCCUCAGCACACUGGACGAUCUGAUCGCCACGGGGGACGAGAUUGUCCGCAUUGAGGGCAUCUUCUCAGGCACGUUAUCGUAUCUCUUCAAUAACUUCUCGUCGAAAGAGUGGACAGACACCUUUUCGAAGACCGUCAGUGUGGCCAAAGAGCUUGGGUACACGGAACCUGACCCUCGUGAUGAUCUCAACGGAAUGGAUUUCGCACGGAAGGUUGUGAUCCUUGGACGGCUGGCUGGCCUCUCACUGGAUCUCAAGACUCUUUCCGUGGAGAACGUUGUCCCAGAGGAGCUUCGCGGAGUACCAACUCCAGCAGAAUUCCUGGAAAAGCUCCCAUCGUACGACAGCCAUUUCGAUUCCCUCAAGAAAGAUGCUCAGAAGUCCAACGGCGUUUUGCGCUAUGUCGGCGUGAUUGAUCCCAAGGGGGAGAGUUCCGUGAAACUGAAAAGAUACCCGUUGGAUCAUCCCUUUGCGUCGCUCACUGGCAGCGACAACAUCAUUGCGUUCACUACGAAGCGGUUCCCUAGUCCACUAAUCAUUCAAGGCGCCGGAGCGGGAGCAGCCGUCACGGCAUUUGGAAUGUUCUCGGAUUUGUUGAAGAUUGCGCGUUCCGUGACUCCUGCGAGUGCAUGAGCCCAAUUUUUGCUGGGAAACGAUUAGGCAGUAGAUGCAUUGUACGUAGUAUCUACACUUCGCGGCGUAAUAUAUAGACAGUGAUGGUCCAUGUGAAGAUGAGGGCGUCGAUAUUUGGUGUCCGACUGAUCAAUUAUCAUCCUUCCGGGAGGGUGACGGGUAUUCCAAAUCUUAUGAGGCUUGACCAGCACCAUAUAUCGUGGGGAGGUGGCACCCUCGAGGACGGUAAGACUCGUGUGAUCGCAAUCGAGCGAGACCUUGCGUUGACCGUGCAGGAGACGCCCUCGGAGACGAGUAUGUAUGUGAGGCAUGCACAUGCGCCUGGAGGCGCGAAGCUUACAUGAGUCUGAGUUCCGCGCAACCUUACUCCCGGACAUUUCACAUCAUCCGGACACGACCAC